UUGAAUGUCUGCGUCUCUGCACGUGGUUACAUUGCCGGUAUCCUGUCCGCUUCUUUCGGAAAAGUAACUUCAGCGGCUGCACUAAAGCGAGGGAGCUGAGCUGGAGCCAUGGAGGGGCCCAGCGUGGAAGAACUACUGGCAAAGGCGGAGCAGGACGAGGCAGAGAAGCUACAGCGCAUCACGGUGUAUAAGGAGCUAGAGCUGGAGUUUGACCUGGGAAACCUGCUGGCUUCAGACCGGAAUCCCCCAACAGCGCUACGGCAAGCGGGACCCGCUCCAGAGGCCGAGCUGCGGGCCCUGGCGCGUGAUAACACGCAGCUGCUCAUUAACCAGCUGUGGCAGCUGCCUACGGAGCGCGUGGAAGAAACGCUGGUCGCGCGUCUGCCGGAGCCCACCACCCACCUGCCGCGUGAGAAACCAGUGCCCAAACCGCGGCCGCUUACACGCUGGCAGCAGUUCGCGCGCCUCAAAGGCAUCCAUCCCAAGAAGAAGACCAAUCUAGUGUGGGACGAGGUUAGCGGCCAGUGGCGGCGGCGCUGGGGCUACAAGCGCGCCCGGGACGACACCAAGGAAUGGCUGAUCGAAGUGCCCGAUGGCGCCGACCCCCUGGAAGACCAAUUUACCAAGCGGAUUCAGGCCAAGAAGGAACGAGUGGCCAAGAACGAGCUGAACCGACUGCGUAACCUGGCCCGCGCGCACAAGACGCAGCUACCCAGCGCAGCCGGCCUGCACCCCACCGGACACCAAAGUAAGGAGGAGCUGGGCCGCGCCAUGCAGGUGGCCAAGGUCUCCACCGCCUCUGUGGGGCGCUUCCAGGAGCGCCUCCCCAAGGAGAAGGCGCCCCGGGGCUCGGGUAAGAAGAGGAAGUUCCAGCCCCUUUUCGGGGACUUUGCAGCUGAGAAAAAGAACCAGUUGGAGCUACUUCGCAUCAUGAACAACAAGAAACCUAAGCUGGACGUGACGAGGGCCACCAAUAAGCAGAUGAGAGAGGAGGACCAAGAGGAGGCCGCCAAGAAGAGGAAAAUGAGCCAGAAGGGCAGGAGAAAGGGGGGCUGGCAGGGUUCUGGGGGCAAGAGGAAAGGUGGCCCGCCCAGCCAGGGAGGAAAGAGAAAAGGAGGUUUGGGAGGCAAGAUGCAAUCCAGGCCACCUGGUUUGGGUAGCAAGAGGAAAGGAGGGCAGCACCAAGGAGGAAAGAGGAGGAAGUAAUACUUUUCAUCCUCGGCCUUGUUCUUGUAAAGGAAGAACGGUACUGUAUAUAUAAAAUGCUCAGGUCGGGGGGUGCAAAUUGAGGUGACUACCUCCCUCAUUGAGCUUGGUGUUGAAGGGACAAAAUUGUGUUCUGCACAAAUGGACUGUACAAAUUGUUCCCACUGUUGUACAAAUUAACCGAGAACUUAGCUGGGGAUAAGGGUGUAUUUGAGGACAUAAGAAUAAGGGAAAUAAUUUGGUUGAAACCAGGAAUGUAUUCUGUUCUUUUAAGAAUCGUCAUCUUUCCUUUUAAUUUUGGAUAUGGAGUUGUUGGCCAUAUUUCAGAAAGUUAAGAGUAUGUUGAUUUACAUAUUCGUGCAUUUUUAUAACAUUUGUAUGAUUAUCAAAGCAAAGAGCAAGAGGAAAAACUAUUUUCUAAGUGGAUUUACAACUUACAAAGAUAUAAGAAAUGUGUCUAUUUAAUGCUUCUGUUUGACUAUUGGUAGAAUGUACAUGAAGCCAACGACCUGGGUAUCUAGUACAAAUUAUUUUUGUUUCUUAAAAACAAUGUAAUUAAAUUAUAAUGCUUUCACUGAGAUCACUUUUAUUAGAGAAACCUUAGCUUCUUCUGGUAUUAAAUAUAAAAUUAAAAGCCUAGUACAACUGAUGUGUUAUAAAAACAACUGCCAACACUGUACACACUGUCAUAAGUGAUAAAUUUGGGCUACACUAAAAACAAUGGUAACCUUUAUUUUUCUAGACAGUAUUUAAUUAUUUCUCAAUAUUUAUAACCCAUCUGUUUGGGGAAGAGAAAGAGAUCCAGAAAAUCUUUAAUUGGAAUAUCACUAUCUUUUGAUUAAUUUGUUAAAUUGACCUAUGUCUGUGUAAUUAGAUGAAGUGUUUAUUAUAGCUGUCUUGGGUCAUCUUAUGUAUGAAUCUCUUGAUUUUAGGAAUCUCAUCUCUGUACAAUAAAGUAUGUCUAGGAAAUGAUUCAUAGUAGAUCGAGAAUCUCAGGGACUUUUUCACUGCUAUAGAGUGAAAGUCAGCCUGCUCUUUUUGGUCUGACAGUUGUUAGGAAAUUAAAAUUAAGUAGCUUUGUCCCCUUUUUAAAGUGCUGUCCCAUGUGUACAGUAUAAGGUCUUUUGGAAAUUGUGAAAGAAUAGUUCAUAUGUUAUAACAUUAUUAAUAAUGUGAACAUUAAACACUGCUAAGCCGUCGUAUAGUAUAGUAGUGUAAUCAUGGCAAGUUCUGACAAUCCAGCAGCACCUGGAACAACUUUAUAAAAAGCAAAACUUCACAGAACAC